CACGCGCGAGAGUGCGAGCACGGUUUUAAAACUACAAGACCCACGAUGCUUUGCAGCGAAACAGUCAUUAUCAUCACAUAUCUUCAACAUAAGGAAAAGCUUCCUCUUUGGAAGGGUUUUAUUUGCUAACCUCGGGCAGAGGGUGACUCCUACUCAGAGUCAACAUUUUGAGUCAAUAGAUAGUUCCUUCUCUCGUAAAGUAUUGACUGUUGGGCAAAUGUGCGCCAUAAGUGACCUAGUGCUAGCGUUGUAGCCUAUGAGCCUGCUCAGAGAGCGAGCAUCAGAAGCUAGUGCGAGCUAACGCUAGCAAAAGCUAGCUAAACUAAGACCGAAUCCGUGAGAUUAUAACUGUAUUCACCGAAAACAUCAGGCGACGGGAGUAACCGUUGAUGUUAUAUCUGCAGGAGAUGUCAAGAAGCAGCAGCAUAAGCAAGUCUGUAGUGAUGCUGCUGAUGUGAAAUUAUAGGUUACACACAAAGAUGAGCAAAUCCUUCUCAUGGUUUCCCAUGAAUCUCACCUGGAGUGGGAGGGUUCUGUGAAAAGGGCAAGAAGAGGAAGGAUAACACGUGGACUAUAAUCAAGAGUCAUGAAUCUCCAUCAGGUCCUUACGGGAGCUGUCAACCCUGGAGACAACUGUUUCUCUGUAGGAAGCGUCAACAAUGUGCCAUUCACGGCCUAUGCAUCAGGUUGUGACGUGGUGAUUUUGGGCAGUGAUUUUGAGCGACUGCAGAUCAUCCCAGGGGCCAAACAUGGCAACAUACAGGUCGGCUGUGUCGACUGCUCAUUGCAGGGUGGACAGAUUGCAGCUUCCUAUGGAAGCAUUGUGUGUGUCUUUGAGCCUGUUCAGCAACCAGAUCAAAAAGACUCAUCGUUGACCAAAUUGAACUGCCAAUGGCAGAAGACUGGUCAAUUUGUAUUACAGUCUAUAGUACGGAACCUAGCAUGGCACCCUACAGGUUGCACUCUCCUAACAGGCUCUAGUAGCCUGCAGUUGUGGUCUAAUGUUGAUGGAGUAAAGGAUGAAGCUGAUGAAAGGGGGCAGCCGGCAGAAAUGACCAUAAGAGACUGCCGUUCUGCCUGGAGGUGUAUCUGGCAGAGCAAGACUGCUUCUCCAGUCAAUUUAAUGAAGUUCUCUCCUGACGGUGAGUUCUUUGCCACAGCUGGUCAGGAUGAUUGCCUAAUAAAGGUUUGGUACAGCACCAGUAAGUGGAAGAUGGGUGUUACCACACUCUUUACACCUCCAGACGCCAAUGUGAGUGACCCGGGAGAGCUGGCCUUCUCUUUUAUCUACCUGGCUCAUCCCCGCUCUGUCACCAGUUUCUCCUGGAGGAAGACCAGCAAGUACAUGCCACGGGGCGCAGUGUGUAAUGUGCUGCUCACCUGCUGUAAGGACAGUGUAUGUCGGCUGUGGGCAGAGACGCUGUUGCCAGGUGACAGCCUCUUAUCUGGUCACCAUAAAAACCCUUCUUCUGGCCAACACAGUGAAACGCUUAAAUCUUCUGCUGGCCUCUCAAAGAAAAACGGCUGCAAUGGGAAGACACACGGACAAGCCUCACAAGAACUGGAUUUUCAAGAAUCGCGGCACUAUCGGGACAUACCUCAGCUAUCAUGGACCAGCGGCCUGCCUCACCUUCAAAGUGGACACUGUAACCACAAGAAGAGCAGCAAUAACAUGCCCCAUGCCAAUGCUCUCUGCCACUUUCACAUUGCUGCCAGCAUCAACCCAGCCACAGACAUUCCCCUGUUGCCCUCCAUCUCCUCUCUGAACGCUGUGGAUGAUGAGGAACCAGGAGGCCCAUUUUCUGUCCACUGGCUCAACAACAAAGAGCUUCACUUUACUUUAGCCAUGGAAGUCUUUCUGCAACAGCUUCGAAUUAGUGUAGAGCAACAGAACGAGUGCUCCAAUGAAGAGCCUGAAAAUGAAGAUGACUUUGAAGAAGAGGAGAACAGACCAAGUGAACCCCAAGGACCAGGAACAGUGGAGCUGCCUCUGGCAGCAGUGGAGCACCAGUUGGAUGUGCUGUUAGAGGAGUGGAAUAAAGGGGCCGACAUGCUGUUCAGUAUUCAUCCCAUGGAUGGCUCUUUGUUGGUCUGGCAUGUGGACUGGUUAGAUGAAUACCACCCAGGCAUGUUCAGACAAGCUCAGGUGUCGUUUGCAUCCCGCAUUCCUGUAGCGUUCCCCGCAGGUGACGCCAUCUCCCUGAGCCAAAGUGUGGUAAUGUAUGCCUGCAACAAGAACGUGGAUCUAGCUAUCCAACAUGGCAGACAGCGACCGCCUGGGAGCACAUUGCCUCAAGCCAAAUCUGCUCUAAUAAGCUACGGAGGUCAAGGAAAAUCUGCACCCAGCAGUAGUCUUCGAUUAAGCAUAUUUACCCCCAAUGUCCUUAUGAUCUCCAAACAUGCUGAUGGCUCUUUAAACCAGUGGGCAGUCAGCUUUGCAGAGGACUCUGCUUUCUCGACUGUGCUCAGUGUCUCUCACAAGUCACGGUACUGUGGUCACCGCUUUCACCUCAAUGACCUGGCCUGUCACUCGCUGCUCCCUCUUCUCCUCACCACCUCACACCACAAUGCCUUGAGGACGCCAGAGGCAGACAGCAUAUUGGUUCCUCCAGAGGCCUCCUCCUCUGGUUUUUCUCAUUCUGCAUCUCUAUCUCGUGGGUCACGACCCACGCGGGUGUCCCUGGGUAUGGUUUCCCAGGAUCCCAAUGCGAUCUACAGUGAGCUGAUUUUAUGGAGAGUGGACCCCGUCGGCCCGCUGUCGUUGUCAGGCGGGGUCUCGGAGCUUGCUAGAAUCAAUUCUCUCCAUGCAUCAGCAUUUGCUAAUGUAGCCUGGCUGCCCACACUCAUUCCCAGCAGCUGUUUAGGUUUGUACUGUAACUCUCCCAGUGCCUGCUUCGUGGCAAGUGAUGGCCAAUCACUCAGGCUUUAUCAGGCUGUCAUUGAGGCUAAGAAACUUCUGAGUGAGCUCUCCAAUCCGGAAAUAUCAAAAUAUGUUGGGGAGGUUUUCAACAUCAUCAGUCAGCAGUCCACAGCAAAACCAGGGUGUAUUAUAGAACUGGAUGCCAUUACUGACUUUCAGGGGAAGGAGACACAGCUCCUGCAUGUUUUUGAGGAACAUCUGAUUCUUGGCACUGAGAUAACGGAGAGCAUACAUGAAACUCCCGAUUCUCCUCGCACGGGUUUCUCCCCCCCUGCAGCCUCCAGUAAACCAGCCUUCUCAGCCCGCUUUUUUCUGGUGGUGGUAGAAUUAAGCCCAACAGGUCGCUCACUGCUCCACAUGUGGCAUCUCCAUCUUGCUGCUCGACCAGUCACUAUGGAGGAGACUGCAGCUCAUAAGGAUCUCACCACGACUUCUCCCUUGAACAGCUCUCAGUUUGUCUAUGACGCACCCAGUUCUCCAGUAACUCAGAAGAGUAAAUCCUGCACUUCCAAUCUGCAGAGUGCCUGUCGUCUCAGCCUCACAACACACAGGCUGUACAGCCAAGAGCUGGCUCUUCCAGCAGAGGUGGAAGCCAUCAGUGUUACUCCCUCGGCAGGUCACCUGAGUGCGUCAUGUUCUCUUCCAGCUGGCCACGUGCCUUAUCUCCUUGCUACUUCCUGUUCUGAUGGUAAGGUGCGCUUCUGGAGGUGUAAUGUCAUGACAACAGAACCCCCCACUGUGGAAAACUUGGUGUACCAGUGGGAGGAAUGGCCUCUCCUGGUGGAGGAAAAACUUCCCAGCAGCAGUGCAGUAAGUGUGCCAGGCCGGCCCAUUGAGGUCAGCUGCUGUCACGCUGGACGGUUUGCAGUUGCCUACAAGCAGAUGCCUAGCACACCUCUGAACCUAUCUCCUCAUCUGAAUGCUCAUGGACCUCUGACUUCUCCCCCAGCCUCUGCAUCUUCCCCAUUUGUAAACUAUAGCACCACCAACACCCACCUGACCCCGACCCUUAAUGUGCCGCAUAGCCCAAAACCCAUUCACAGCCCUAAUGCAAGCACUCGAGAGCCGCUGGUCCACAUUGGCAUCUUUCAGUGCGAGUCCACUGGUGGUUCGCAGUGGAUUCUGGAGCAGACCAUAGUAUUGGACAAUACAGACCCUAUGUCCAGCUAUCCUUUAAGUAGUAGUACCACUGCAAGUGCCAGCAUUCCAAGUAACAUGGAUUUAUCCAUACAAAACGAGAACUGUCUUGGUUCUACUGGUAAGAGUCUGGUUCACUUGGACUGGGUUUCCCAGGAGGAUGGAUCACACAUUCUGACUGUUGGCAUUGGGACAAAGAUAUAUAUAUAUGGUCGUCUGUCUGGAAAGCCUCCAGAUCUGGGAGUGUCUUCUGAUGCUAAUAGAGACCAAAGCUUGUCUCGCCUGGUUCUGCUUCGAUCGGUCAGUCUGUUCUCCUCUGUCGAAGGCUCACCACCUAUCCCAGUCUCCCUGUCCUGGGUACGAGAUGGAAUCUUGGUAGUUGGCAUGGAGUGUGAAAUGCACGUGUACUCUCAGUGGCAGCCUCCAGCACCACCCAAACCGACUGUCACAGUUGCCCAGGACAAAGACAUCAGCAGCAGUGUUUCCUCCAUAAUCUCAGCUGUCAGACAGUGCCAGGAGGAGGGUCUCAGCCCUGGGGCCCCCACCUCUUCACUUUCUCUUCCCAAAAAGACCCUGACACGAUCAAUGACGAGUCUGGCUCAGAAGCUCAGUGGGAAGAAAACCGCUUAUGACUUACCUGUAGAAAUGGAAGAUUCUGGUCUUUUUGAAGCAGCUCACCAACUUUUUCCAACUCUACCCCAAUACCACCCUGUACAGUUGCUAGAGCUUAUGGACCUAGGGAAGGUUCACCGUGCCAAAGCUAUCCUCUCCCAUCUCGUGAAAUGCAUUGCUGGAGAAAUCAUAACACUUCAAGACAGUUCCACCAGUCCCGAAAAACGUGUGCGGUCUCGAACCAUCAGUGUUGGGGGCAGCACAGCCACGGAUCAGAAGAUGUUCAGCAAAGCAGAGAACUCGUCCGCUGACUACACAGAGAUAAGCUCCAUCCCUCCACUGCCUCUUUACGCCCUUCUAGGAGCUGAUGACGACACACCAAAACCUGAUAAAGUGGGCAGUGUGAGUGGAGAUAGUGGGCAUGGUUCCAGCCACACCGAUGCUUAUGAUGAGCUCUUUCACACACCCAACGUGAUGGAUCUGGACCCCCUGGACAGUGAUCAAGAGAAAACAGGAAAUAAGGUUAUAGACCUGUCCCAGUACAGUCCUACAUACUUCGGUCCAGAACACGCCCAGGUUCUGUCCAGCCAUCUCCUCCACUCCAGUUUGCCAGGAUUAACUCGUAUGGAGCAGAUGUCUCUCAUGGCACUGGCUGACACCAUUGCUUCUACAAGCAUAGACCUCAAUGACAGCCAGGGCAAGAGCAAAGGGGGAGAGACAUUGGAUGAGUGCGGUCUGAAGUUCUUGCUAGCUGUCAGACUUCACACUUUCCUCUCUACUUCGCUGCCUCCAGCCCACAGAGCACAACUACUGCGGCAAGGCUUGUCAACAUGUCACUAUGCCUGGGGUUUCCACUCUGAAGCUGAGGAAGAACUCCUGAACAUGCUACCUGCAAUGCAAAAGGGAGAGCCAACCUGGCCUGAGCUGCGCUCAAUGGGUGUUGGCUGGUGGCUUCGCAGCACUAACAAGUUACGCAGAUGCAUUGAAAAGGUUGCCAAGGCUUCUUUUCAGAGAAAUAAUGAUCCUCUGGAUGCAGCUAUAUUUUACCUUGCACUGAAAAAGAAGGCAGUGGUUUGGGGACUGUACAGGUCUCAGAAGAAUGCUAAAAUGACAGAGUUUUUCCACAACAACUUCAGCGAAGACCGGUGGAGAAAAGCAGCAUUGAAAAAUGCCUUUUCUCUGCUGGGAAAGCAGCGGUUCCAGCAUUCUGCAGCCUUCUUCCUUUUAGCCGGCUCCCUUAAGGAUGCUGUGGAGGUGUGUAUAGAGAAAAUGCAGGACCUCCAGCUAGCGUUGGUGAUCUCAAGGUUGUAUGAGUUUGAGUUUGAGACGGCAUCCACCUACAAAAAGAUCCUCCAGAGACAUGUUUUAGGACAAGACAAACAGAUUCCGGCACACCAGGACCCAUUUCUGCGGAGCAUGGCUUACUGGGUCCUGGAGGACUACAGCAAAGCCUUGGAUACUCUACUUGAACGAAAAGCUAACAUUGCCAGAUCUGGGUCUGCUGAGAACCGAUAUGACACUGGUACCUCUUCUGUGUCGGCUUGUAACCCUGAGGUUUUCAACUUUUACACCUACCUGCGUACUCACCCACUCCUCCUUCGCCGGCAUUUUGGCUCAUCAAACAAGGCAAAAGUUGGUCUGACUGCUGAGGUUCGCAGCGCUGACUCCAUCAGCCUGGAUGAGAGAAGACUGUUUUUCACAGCUGCAUAUGCACAUUUGCAUGCAGGGUGCCCUAUGCUUGCACUCGAAGUCCUCUCCAAGAUGCCCAAAGUCCGCAAGCAUUCUAGACCCCAGGAUGAUACAGGCAACACUGCUGAGCUCAGUGUUGGGAGUAGGAACGGACAAGCAUCGGACCCAGAUUGGUCUCAGUCAGCUCUGAAUGGCUACGAGUCAGAUGGCAACAGCUUAUCAAACAGCCGGUCGGAUUCAGUGUUAAGUUUCGAUUGGAGCCAGCCGUCAGUGGUAGUUCCAGAUGAGCCCCUAGAGCUGAAAUGGGAUAGCGACAAAGAUGAUGAAGAAAAUGAUGAGGAUGAAGAAGAAACUAAAAAUGGCAAGAGUGGUAGUGUGUUCCACGAACCAGUAUCUCUGGUUGAGGAGAGCGAGGACAGCAAUGAUUACAUUGAACCGUCUGAUGAUAUCCUGGUGACUCAACUGAAAUUUGCAGCGUGCUUGAAGAUUAUGACCAAUGAGCUCCGGACACUGUCAACAGGGUACGAACUGGAUGGAGGAAAGCUACGUUACCAGCUCUGCCUGUGGUUAGAAAGAGAGGUGGGGGCUCUCCAGCAUUGCUGCAGCUAUAAGCGUUGCCUGCCAGAACUGUCAGUCCAGGGUGAUGUCCCUGUUUCUGGGUUAGUGGAGGAGGAGCAGCCUGGGAGCCCCCGUGGUGACAGCCACAGGAGCAGGAGACACUGGCUGCAGAGUAACCAGCCCUUACUGAGGAUGUUUCUGAGUUACUGCAGCUUGCACGGCUCACACGGAGGAGGUCUGGCCUCUGUACGCAUGGAGCUCAUACUGCUGCUUCAAGAAUCUCACCAGGAUGACUUCAUCCAAUCUGUGGUGACGGUGACCUCACAGCCCACCUCCAUCCCUCUUUUGAUGGCUUGUACAACCAAUGUAAAGACAGUGGUGGCCAAUCCACUUGUCUAUUUGACCAACCUGACUCACGACAUCCUGCAAACCAUCAGUGCACUCGAUUCUCCUCCACAUCCAGAUGUUGUUACCAACGAGAUCUAUGUGAUGCACACACUGGCAGCCUCCUUGUCUGCCUGUAUAUAUCAGUGUUUGUGUGAUGGACAAACAUACAGCCACGUGAACCAUUUCACUGGGACUGUGUACCAGAGUGUUUUGCUGUCUCAGAAGCAGCCUCUCAAAGCUAUAAGCAUGGAUGAGUCUGUUCAGCCCAACACUUCUCCUGCACAGUGGCCAGGUAUCGCCUCUCUGAUUCGUCUGUUGAGCUCAGCAGGUGAGGAAAGCCAGCCAGGCUUAGCUGUGCUGCUGUGUGAGAUCCUGACUGCUGUCUUCCUCAGUCUGUUUGUUCACGGCAUGGCCACUCACUCCUGCAACGAGCUGUUUCGCAUCAUGGCACACCCACUCAACAGCAAGCUUUGGGUGACAGUGUUUGGAGGAGGCGCUCGAAUCCCUGUCAUCGAAAAACUCAGCAGUCCAACAAGGACGCCCCCACCAGCCUCACCAAGUGGCACAGACAGGAAGUCCAAACGAUUCAGGCUUCUCUCAUCACGUAGCGUAUCCAAGGAAGAGUCUGGGAUAGAGAGGGAGGGACCAUUGAGUCCAAAGCACCAUGUCCCUGUUGUGGAACAGGAAGCUCCCUCUAUCUUUAAAGAACAGUUCGUCCCUCCAGAGCUCAGCAUUUGGGAUUACUUCAUCGCAAAGCCUUCACUACCACCGUCAGAAAACAGAGUUGAUUAUGACUCCGAGGCGAGCCAGGGAAGCGAAGAUGAAGACGACGACGACGACGAUGAAUAUGAUGAUGUGUUUGAUCCCAACUCACCGCAAAGGGAGCAUUCAAACCACAAUUCGUACAGUUGGUGUUUGAUGCGGCUGGCCAUGGUUCAGCUGGUGUUGGCCAAUCUCAAGUCUUUCUACCUUACGGCAGGAUAUGAUUUGUUAGACCUGCCUGUGGCCUCUCCUUUGUGUCAUGCUGUGCUGAAGACGCUGCAGCGGUGGGAGCAGGUGCUGCAGAAAAGGCUGGAGAUCUUCGGGGGCCCCCCUUCCAAGUAUAUCUCCACCCACCUCCAUGAUGAAAUUGCCACACCUGGCCCCGCCCUCCUCAGGCACAAAACCCUGUUUGAAGCAUCAAAUACCCCUUUCAGGUCCAGCCACCACUCGGCGCUGCCAGUCAAACGUUUAUGGCACUUUUUGGUGAAGCAGGAAGAAGUGCAGGAGACCUUUAUCAGAAAUAUAUUCACCAAGAAACCGGGCACACAUCAGUCGGUUGAGGACCAGACUGACAAUAUGAAAUGUUCAGGGAUGGACGAGACAGGAAACAAUCAGACUGAGUCAGAUCAGGGCAGCCCUGGAGGAAAAGCACGCAUCAUCCACAAGGAAUCUGACAUCAUCACAGCCUUUGCCAUCAACAAGGCCAAUCGUAACUGUUUAGUCAUGGCCUCCACACAUGACAUUCAGGAGUUGGAUGUGUCAUCCAUCUUGGCUACUCAGAUCUUGACAUGGAUCGAUGAUGACGAGGCUGAAGCCAAAGGUGUGGGUGGUGACGACUUCCUGGUGGUCCAUACACGCGAUGAUUUUGCCGCCAUCCACGGCACCACGCCAUACACCCACAGUAACCCUGGCACUCCUAUCAACGUACCGUGGCUAGGAGGCAUGCAGACGGGCAGAGGUGCCGCCGUGAUGAUCAAGAGAAAUAUCAACAAUGUGCGAAGAAUGACCUCCCAUCCCACACUGCCGUACUACUUGACAGGAGCUCAGGAUGGUAGCGUGAGGAUGUUUGAAUGGGGUCACUCCCAGCAGAUCAUCUGCUUCCGAAGUCCAGGCAACUCCAGAGUCACCAGGAUACGAUUCAACCAUCAAGGAAACAAGUUUGGGAUUGUGGAUGCUGAUGGAGCCUUGAGUCUCUGGCAGACCAACACAAGCGGGACUACACCGAAACCAUACCUGACUCUGCAGUGCCACAACAAGACAGCUAAUGACUUUCUCUUUGUGGGCUCUUCCUCCCUCAUCGCCACUGCGGGUCUUUCAACAGACAACAGGAAUGUGUGUCUGUGGGACACACUAGUGACUCCUGCUAACAGCCUUGUGCAAGCUUUCAGCUGCCACGAGUCCGGUGCCACCGUGCUCUCCAUGGCCCCCAGGCAGCAGCUGCUUAUCACAGGCGGGAGGAAGGGCUGGAUCAGCGUGCUGGAGCUUUCCCACAAGCACCAGCGGCAGAGCUUCCAGGCCCAUGACUCGCCGGUCAAAGCACUAGCCGUCGAUCCAACUGAGGAUUGCUUUAUCAGUGGAUCAGCUGAGGGCAACAUUAAGGUUUGGAGCCUGACCACGCAUAGCCUCCUUUACACCUUUCCCAACGAACACGCUCGCCAGUCGCUGUUCAGGAACCUCGGCACAGGUGUGAUGCAGCUCGAAGUGGGACCAGCUAACUACAUCUUCUCCUGCGGCGCCGACGGUACCAUGAAGAUGAGGAUCCUCCCGAACCGCUUCAGCGUUACGAACAACAACCACGGCAACCUCAAGAACGAUGUGAAAUUCUUCAUAUAGACAGAAAAGUGUGGCAUUAAAACAGUUUAUGUGAGCAGAGGCACGAUUUGUGAAGUGCGUGUCAUACGUGAUUGGAAAAAUGGCAACUGAUUCAUUUCUAGGAUUUAUAGACUUUCACAGAAGGGAGCGCUCGCCAGUUGAUCGGGCGUGACCGUGCUGUAUCACCUGUUGUGAUCCACCUGAAUCCAAAUUUGACUUUAAAGCUAACCAAACACAGGAGCUUUUACAAGUGUUUUAAAAUGUAGAGAAAGGCAAAUGCAGGCUAAUGUGCACGGGACACCUUCAGUCAGAAUCAGCUGAAGGAGAGACAAAAUAAGCAGCUGGAGACUCUGCACAAAACAGCCAUCUCUGUCUCCACCGAACAACACAGGGAGAGCACUUUUUGCACAGAAAGUGAAAGCUGUAGGAGCAGGUGUGAAGUCUAAACCUGCAGCAUUGUUUCACUUAUACAAGAUACGUUUUAGUUUGUAUUAGGAAAUCAGUUGUGAUGAUGGCAAAAGCUCUUCUGGAAGCAUUCAGGUGAUCACUUUCAGAGCCCUCGGCACAAAGCGGAACAGUCGGUGGACGUUCAAAGCACAUCAUAUCCAGUUCUGGUGCUCCAGAUAAACCAGCUUGGUUGGAGUAGCAGAGGAUCAGGACGCUUCACAGCCUCCUAGUGUUAUGUUGCUGCUGUGUUUAGUUUUAGGCACCUUUCUGUAACCCAGCUGCAAUUGAAAUGAACGCAGGAUUUAUAACUAUGGUACCAAUAAACAUGGUUCAUGAAUUUAAAGCAGCGGCUUAACAUAUUUGGGAGAUUCUCUCAUUCGUUUUCUGAUACAGACCUUACGCGACAGUUUUAGACUACUCUCGUGUUUGUCCGCUUAAAUAUGAGCCUUCAGCGAGCUGCUGGGUGGCUUAGAACAAAAACCAGAAAUGGGGAAACUGCUAAUAACGGUCACAAAAUCAGCCGAUCAGCACACACUUUCCUGGGAUCCACGCACUCAUAGGUAAUUAGCUCCGUCCGUUAAAGAAGAGUCUGGCAUAUUGACGCUUUUUACCUUCAUACACACCAUCGGAGAGCAGUACAAGUGCUCCUUGGCUGAUUUUGUUACUGCUAGACGAAGCCAAUAGUUUCCACAUCAGGGCUGUCUUUAUUUUUAACAGACAGACAUGAAAGUGGUCGAACGCUGUCAGAAAGCAAGUGUUUUCCAAAAUGUUGAGCUGCUCCUUAACCAAGCUAGCAGGAUUUGGUACAUUUAAACCACUCUCACGUGACGUGAGUAACAUUCAUCAUCCAUGUUCUGCCGGGAAACCUCUGUUUUUGUUUGUUUGUUUGUUUGUUUGUUUGUUUGUUUUUUACACACACCAACCAUGCAAGCACACCGCCCUCACUCCCCAGCGUCUCCUCCCAGAAGCCACCACAAAUACUGCUCAGGAACAGCAUGAAGAACUUGGAAAAGAGCCCAGACACCCAGAUUCCAAUGUGAUCUGCCACCAGAACAAGCCUCAUCCUCGGGGGCCACCCCUCCGCCCCGAACUCACAACCCUACAGGACCCGAAGGAUCCGCUGCACCGACCCGAAACCACUCGCUCCAUCCCUCAGCCGGUCAGAGCUGUUCAUCUGAGCAGCUUUGGGAAACUGUUUCGGUCUUUUUGGAUGGUUUAAUGUUGUGGCUGAUGGGUGUAUGCGUGCCACCACCCAGUGGACUGUCUGAUUGUGCCAGAUUUUUGUGUAUUUGCACGUAAAAACUAAGCUAAAUUAUAUGUAGUGUUAUGAAUAUAAGGAUAGAAGGCAGGCAUAGUCUUUGGUGAUGAGAUAUUUGUUCAUCUCGGCCUAGAACCAGAGGUAUUCAUUCAAUAUUAAGUGUCCUUAAAUCUCUGAAGGCUACUUCUGCCAACCUGGCACAGUACUAGGACUGCUGGUUCUGCUCAUGUUGUUUAUUAUUGAUAAUCGGUUGCACAAGGUAGCUUCAAUUUAACACAUUGAUAGGGGCCGUCAUAACUGAGAACACCACCUCUGGGUGAGUUUUGUUUUUGGAAAUGUUAAGCUUCCGAUCAUGUAGCAGGAAGCUUUGCUGUUGGCAAUGGAAAGUGUUUUUUGAGGGGGAGGGGUUCAAAUUUUAUGGAGAUUUAGUUUUGCUGUGGAAAUGUUUUAUUCCGGUUACCCUGCACCUCCCUUUCAUCGACUCCUAGCUCUAAUUUUUCACAUGGACCAUGAUUGACAGAUGUCUUUUGAAUAAUUUGCCUUUAUUUUAAUUUGAUUAGAUUUACUUCUUCUUUUGUCACACUUAAUUAUCAAUUAUCUUUUAAAAAAUUCUUUAACUUCUUUUUAUAUCAUCCAAAUGCAGCUCAUUGCCUUCAGUACACGUUUGGAAAAUACAAUCUAGGCUGUUGUAUCACAUGAUGCGUCUUCCACUUGAGUAAGGAAGAGGCUCUUACAAACUGUUAAUCCAGUAAGCUAACUGCCCAUAGAGCCUUGUUUUGCUGCUGUAGGGAAGCAAAUAGAGAUUAGCUUUGAUUUCAGGGUGGAUGAAGUAUAGAAAACCUUUUAUAUGAAGCAGGUUGAUCACAGUUACAUACUGCAUGUGUAAAUAUAAAGAUCCAUGAACUAGCUUCUGAUAAUACCUGCAUAAUCGCAACGAUUAGUCGUAGAUUAGCGGUAGGUAACGACGAAAGCCACUUUAUGAAGAAAAUCAUUGUGUACAAACAGGUAUAUUUAUGAAAAUGUUCAUAUUUAGAAUUAUACUGUUCAGGCGGCAGAUGUAAUCUUACUAAUUUUUCUUUUCUCGUCAUUGUUUCUUUUUGUUUUGUUCUGGGUUUUUUUGUUUUUCUGAUGUGGACUAUUUUUGUUUUUCACACCAAUUAAAGUGUUUGGAGAUUCCUUUGUACUCCUGCAGCAGAAGGACAAUAAAAUGAGUUUUAUCAAAGCCAAACGAUAUCUGCUCGAACAGACACCGGAGAAUAAAUAAUUGUUGUUUUUUUAAUCUAAUACUUCUCAUUAUUCUUUCAAAGACUGGAACAUUUCAGAUUCUCUUUAUUAAUGUUAAAAUCGUAGAUGAAGAAAAAACUCACUUGGCUUGAUUACAAAGAAGCGGAUCGUCAUAUCAAGCGCUUUAAAAACACUUGCAUAUUGAAAAUGUGAAUUUGAUCAGAUUAUUCUAAUUUUAUAGUAGAGAUAUUGUAUAAAUCAGUGUAUUAUAAACAGGAAAAUGUACUGAUGUAAUAAAAGGAUUGUAUAACACGA